ACAUUGAGCGAUCGCGAUCUCUAACGAGCCGGACCCUGAACAGUGUAUUUGAGGAGAUGAUUAAGCAGUUUUGUGUCGUUGAAUUCAUUUCAGAAAUGAUGUUUUGAACUGUAUAUUGAUUUAUGGAACUCUUGUCCGAUUUUAGCCAAUUUGUUGCUGUUGGCCUAUCUGCAUCUCGCGACCAGUGAAAGAAAAACAAAACUCACACAAGCGCAGUUGCGUUGGACUUGACUGAGGGCGGGGAGAUCACCGCGGGCAAGGCUAGCGCUAGGACGAACAGACCAUUUACAGGUGCUAUGGCUCGGGCCAGUCUGGCCUGGGGAAGCUAAGCCAAGCAGGAUCGACUGGUCAACAUCUCCAUGUGCCGGCAAUAGCAACAACUGCUUUUUCCGGAACCUUAGCCUUAGGUGAAACUCCAGCUUCACAAUUUUUCGAAGAGCCAAAUGUUAUCAUUCAACAAUCUACAUAGUACAUGAUUUACUAUCUAUAUCUUAGUUUAAAGAGGAAAUAUUAAGAGUUACAUUGUAAGUUCGGCCAACUGCUUACUUACCAGUUCCAGUGAUAGAGUUAAAUUACAUGUACAUGUAUUUUAGUGACAAAACUCAGCAAGAUGUCAGCUGAACAUAAUAAAUCUGUGCCUUACACAAGAUUAGAGGUCGAUGAUGAUGUUGAUCAAGAUGAAGUUAACUGCAAUGAAACAAGUUCCCUCGUACAGCAUGGCACGGGAGGUGGAGACUCGGCCAAAAUAAAAAAUGGAUAUACAAAAGAUGGAGAGGCGACCUACAGUGAUGCUGUUGAAGCAGCAGGUUUUGGAAAGUUCCAUGCCCUGUUACUGAUAGUCUGUGGCUGGGCUAACAUGAGCGAUGCAGUGGAGAUUCUCAGUGUAUCCUUCCUCCUACCCAAUGCUUCGGUGGACAUGAACAUCAACAGUGUAGAGAAAGGAGCUCUCACGUCCAUCAUCUUCGUAGGUAUGUUAGUAGGAGGCUACCUGUGGGGCUCCUUGGCUGAUAUCCGAGGACGACGUCAGAUCCUCAUCUACUCCUUGACCUGUAAUGCUUUCUUCGGUGCUGCUUCAAGCGUCUGUCAAAACUUCUGGCUCUUCCUCGUCAUGAGAUUCCUCAGUGGUGUCGGUGUCGGUGGAUCUAUCCCUGUCAUCUUCUCCUACUUUGGAGAGUUCCAACCCAACAACCAUCGGGGCAAGAUGAUCAGUGGCCUCUCCACUUUCUGGAUGGGAGGCAACAUCCUGACUGCUGCCCUCGCUUGGGCUAUCAUACCCAGGGAUAUCGGUUACCACAACGACGAUGGCUUUAGCUACGAGAGUUGGAGGAUCUUCGUGGCAGUUUGUUGCGUACCCGCUGCGUCAUCGGUCAUCACAUUCAUGAUCAUGCCAGAGAGCCCAAAGUAUUUGCUGGAGCAAGGAAAUGAGGAGAAAGCCCUUGCCAUUAUGAGGAAGAUCUAUUCUUGGAAUCAUAAAGGAGCCAAGCCCAGCGAUUAUCCAGUAACUCACCUCAUACCAUCAGGUACAAACAAAAGACAGCUCUAUGCAGAAGAUGGUACCAAGUUAUCCUUGUGGAAACAGUUUCUCGCUCUCUAUCAAGCGACAAAACAACUCUUUAAGAAACCAUUGACUGGAAUCACCAUAGCUAUGCUUGUCAUUAUAUUCAAUCUUUCAUUUGGGUAUUACGGUUUGUUCAUGUGGUUUCCCGAGCUAUUCAAGAGAGUAGAGUAUGGUGGUUCGGCAUGCAGUACUUUUAAUGAAUCGACCAACAUUACCGAACCAAGUGAUCGUAUAUACGUGGAUGGGUUCUACACAGCCCUAUCCAACCUACCUGGAAAUCUCUUGACAAUAGUUCUCAUGGAUAGACUGAGUAGAAAACUCCUUAUAACUUCUAGUAUGAUCAUCUCCGGCGUCAGCGUGUUCUUCAUUUGGUUCCUAGAAACGAGAACCCAUGUACUCAUCAUGUCAUGUUUGUUUGGCGCCAUCUCUGUCAUAACUUGGAACACUCUCAACGUGGUUGGAGUCGAGCUCUAUCCUACUAGCUGCAGGAGUACGGCAUUGGGAGUUCAAUCAGUACUGAACCGACUGGGUGCUAUAAUAGGAAGCCUCAUGUUUGGUGUUCUUAUAGAUCUGAACUGUGCCAUUCCCAUGAUUUUGAUAGCUGUCCUACUCGCUAUUGGUGGUCUAACAGCGCUGGCUCUACCCAACACUAGCAAAAAAGAACUCAAGUAAAGUUGAGUGGAGUUGUCUUAUAUUUUGUAUAACCACAAAGCCAUUGUAUGAAGCUUUUGAAAUAUUGGGGCCUUAUUCAUGGAACUUGUAUCAAUGGAAUAUGGUAUGCUGCUGUGAUAAGCUACUGAAAUUGUGAAAUUUAAUAAGCUGAAUGUGGGCAAGGUAUAGAGGUCUAACAUACUUUAUUGACUUUAGAUUUCAUUGAAUGGAACCUAUCUCUGAACAUUACCAGUAUAUUCUUAAAUUAUUAUUACUUACGACUUCAGGGUCCUAUGAGGUUAAGAGAUACAAUCAAUUGUAACUCCUAAAGUACAAGGUUUGCCCUAGAUAUAUAUACUCUAGCUAUCAAUCAUUAGAUUGUAUGGCCAGUAUUCUGAAAUCAGGUUUAACUUAGACCAUGGUCUAACUCUGUGCUAAAAUUAUGGGAAGCCAAAAGUGUCAAAAUUUUUAUUAAGUUGUAUGUUUCUUAUGUUUAUUGUGCUCUUUCAUGAUUCAUCGAUGGUGUGUGUGUGUGUGUGUGUGUAUUUGAGUUUUGUCAGACGUGUAUCAAUCAGAUAUGAUUAUUUACGUCUGGGACCGACCUUUAACGUCACCAUCCGAAAGACGUGACCAGGGCUCGAACCUCGAACCUCUGCAUCAAUUUGUAACUUCCCCACAUAGCUUGGAUUACAGGCGCACGCCACAACGCCCAGAUGGUGAACACAAUCAUCUAUUUAUACUUCCUAGACAAUUAUGAAUAAUUUGAGAGCCAAAUGAGCUGAAAUAUGAUAUCUCUACCACAACUUUAAACCUGAGUUUAAGUCAAACUCGACUUCAAAAUAUGGGCCUAUGUUUUUUAUGUCACAGGGCAUCUAUCAAAUGCCCUGUGUAUGUCCCUUUUACCCUGUAGUCCUAGUCCCAAGUUGAAUUGGUGACAGAGGGUUGAAUCCCACUGCUGCCACCAAAAUAAAGUCUUGAAACUCUUAAUUUAUUGAAACGUUGAAUUGCUCUCACAAUUAAUGGAGAACAGGGUGAUUGCAUGUGCACAAUUCUAUCACAAGGUGGCAGCAUAACACAGCUCAAUGCAGUCCCAUACACUGAGAGAGACUGACCCAGAGCUGCCAAGUAUACUGAUUUUCUGUAUUUUGUACUGAAAAAUGAGAAGAAUACUGAUGGUUUCUUGAAAACCACUGAUUUCUAAAGUCUCACUUUUAUGUGAUGUCCAAUGAAAAUACUGAAUUCCUCACCAAAAUAUUGAUUUUCAGCUUUUUACAAUACUGAAAUGUUCUUGUUCGUGUUGGCAGAUCUGCUGACCAAACUGGUUUUAGUUACGGGUUACAACUUGGCCAUUGUUUUGACAGACAAAGACAGGAGAAAAGAAUAUCAACGUAGAUGUUGUCACCAAAUUUAAUCAAGCUGGUUAGACUGUAAUUCAGGUCACUAAUGAGGUGUUGCAAGAAACUUGCGAUCAAUUGCAAGUCUAUUAUUGGUCCCUAAAUCAAUCAUAUGUCUUGCAAUUGAUUGCAAAUUCGUGAUUGAUUGCUAAUCUGCUCCUUGAAACAAGAAGUUGAAUAUGAUUUGCUACAACUAUCGUUGAUCUAUCAGUUGUAAAAUUGCAACAGUAUAUUUGCAACUGAUUGCAAAUAUUUCAUUGCAACACCCCCUAAGUCAUUGUAAGUUGAAGUCAUUGGCAGAGUAUGCCCCCCCAAAAAAUCAUUACUGACAAAAUGAAGAAUGUUAUUGUGAAAUAUUUAGUACUAAAGAAUGAUUAUUGAUAUAUUAUUGAUGUAAUAAUGUGUGACUCAACCGUUAGGCUUUCAAUGUUCUGAGGUGUUGAGAAGUACUCAAUGAUGGUGGAUGAGUCAAGGUGAUUAGGUGACUAGCUCAGGAACAUUUUCAAUUAGGAAUAAAAUGAGAAUAUGUUUUCUACAUUUAGUGUUUUAUAUCAAACACAUAUACUCUAUAAUUACCUAAGACUUUUUUAUGCAAUAGUUCAUGAAGUAAAACAUUGGGUUUUUACUAUGAAAUGAUCUGAAUGGAAGAUCAUUACUGAUUAGUACUACUUUUAUAAAAAGUAGGCCAUUAUUCGCUUGGGUAACCAAGUUAAAAUUGGCCAUUAUGUGAAGUGUUGGCUCAGUUAUAUGAGCCCUAAACAAAGUCUGUGUACUUACAUAUAAUAAUACUUUAACUAUGGUGUGUCUUGAGGUAAUAUAGCCACUCUAUUUUUUAUUUCUUUAAUUUGAUUUUGAUACCCGAUUUUGAGAUGUACACAGAAAAUAUGCAUUUAGAAACAAGUGUAAAAAGCACUCAACAAACAUUUGAUAUUGUUAUUGUUGUUAGGAGUAUUUUUAGUAUUAUUUCUCAAGCUAGAUUAUAGGAAAAGUAAAUUUAUCAUGAUUUUGUUAUUUU